GAAUUAUCGAUUGCUUGCCUUUCGGCUUUUUUGUUUAUAUUUGCUUGUUGGCAUUUUAAGUUCCCAGAGCAAUUGUUUUUAAAGUUAGUUAGCUUAACUAAGCAAUGCCAGUGACAAGGAGAUCUGGAAAGUAAUUGACAUAUCCAAUCUGAAGGCAGACGAGGCGUUAAAAUGGCCUUCCUGGGCGACUGUGUUAUCGUGUUCGUGUCGCAGAUGGUAUUCUUCGCCGGCGGCUGGCUGUUUUUCAACAAAGAACUCUUUAAGCACUAUGAAAUACGACACAUAUCCGUUCAGUUGAUUUUUUCAUCCACAUUCGCCUUAUCCAUAACCAUGUUCGAGUUGAUCAUAUUCGAAAUCAUCGACGUUCUGGAGUCCAGUUCAAGGUACUUCCAUUGGCGACUGGGUCUCACGUUACUACUUUUCAUGACGACGGCUGUGAUACCCAUUUACAUUUGCUACUCCGUGUUACACAGCAUUUCCUUCUUUUCCGAUAGAUGGGUCCGAAUUCUGACCACAUUCUGUUGGUUCGUCUUUCUCUACGGCCUUUGGCGGAUUGGCGAGCCCUUUCCAUUGCUGAGCGCCUCUCAUGGAAUCUUUACGAUCGAACAGGGCGUUUCCCGGAUAAGUGUGAUUGGGGUCACUGUUAUGGCCAUACUUUCGGGCUUUGGCGCCGUCAAUUAUCCGUACACCAGUAUGGCCUAUUUCAUCAAGCCAGUGUCUCGGAAUGACAUCAUCUGCUUCGAAAGACGAUUGGCUUUGACGGUAGACAUGCUGACGGCCAAGAAGCGUAGGAUUGCCCUGGCUGUCUAUAAUCACAACAAACUGCAUCCUGCCAAACCCAGAAUUUGGGAUAUGCUUACAUCAGCGGUCCAACGCAACACGAGCAACGGCGAAGACAUCAAUCAAUUAAAACAGGAAGUAUAUGGGUUGGAGGAGCUAUUACGCUCUGUUUUCUUAGAACUUAGUUCGCUGAAGAACAUGGAAGAACGCCAAAGAUGGUCUCAAACAUUGAAGGGAAAGUACUUCAAUGUCCUGGGACAUUUUUUUAGUGUUUAUUGUGUCUAUAAGAUAUUUAUGUGUUGCAUCAACAUCAUCUUCGAUAGAGUUGGUCGUAAGGACCCAGUCACACGUGGUCUAGAAAUUGCUAUACACUGGUGCGGUUUUGACAUUGACUUUGCGUUUUGGAAUCAGUAUAUAUCAUUUCUGCUCGUCGGCUGCAUUGUGGUCACCUCGAUCAGAGGCUUGUUGCUAACACUUACAAAGUUCUUCUACCGCAUUUCAUCGAGCAAGUCGAGCAACAUUAUAGUACUUAUUUUGGGCCAGAUCAUGGGGAUGUACUUCUGUUCCUCGGUGCUGCUGAUGCGUAUGAACAUGCCAGCCGAGUAUCGUGUGAUCAUCACAGAGGUUCUGGGAAAUCUGCACUUUAACUUUUACCAUCGUUGGUUUGACGUUAUAUUCCUGGUCAGCGCCUUGACCACCAUCAUUGUUCUCUAUCUGUCACGCAAGCCAGUUCGCGUGGACGAUUCCGAUCUGCACUGAUUUAAUCUUGAUCGUUUUAGAUAGCCAUUUUUUAGGCUAAGCAGAAACGAUUUAGAAUCAAUUAGCCUUAUUAUUGCAAGCUUUAAGUUAUAUAUAUCCGUGUAUAUACCAGUGUGUAUGUAUUUAUUUAAUGCAGAUUAAGCUAUGUAUAACGAUGCACAAAAAAAAAAGUUACAUUUGUUUGUUUAAG